CAGAAAGUAAAAAAAAAGCAAGAGGAUCUAACGUUAACAUUGCCUGAUCCUGAGAUUGUCUUAUAACAUUAGCUACUGAUGGCCUCUGCUUUAGUGACUAAUGAGGAGCCAACAUGUGUACCUGGAUUCGAGUCAGAUAUGUUGAUUUUUAAAGUGUCCAGAAAGCACCUGAAGCAGAACACAAGACUGGGAAAAGUGGGCUUCACUGACUGCACAGACCACACAGGAUUUGUUUUCAGCAGUGAUAACAACCAUUUCAUGGUACAGACAGAUGGCAUGUUGAAGGUAAAAAGACAGACUGAUAUUCAUGGACACCGGGAAUUCAUUAUCCACGCCUGGGACUCACAAGGUCGCAAAAUGAGUGUUCCUGUCAGAGUUUUGCACCAUGGGCAUCACCAUGGUGAUCACAAAGGCCACAACCAUCAACACCACCAUACUGAAGUGGAGUAUGCUAAUAACAUAGAGAGUGCAACUGAUCAACAGGUGCCCAUUCUGCAAUUUCCCAAGUCGGUUGAGGGGCUGAGGAGGAGGAAGAGAGAGUGGGUUAUUCCAGAAAUCAAUGUCCCUGAGAAUGAACGAGGACCCUACCCCUAUCAAAUAAAUCAAAUCCGUUCUGAUAAGGAUAAAAGAAAGACAAUCAUUUACAGCAUCACUGGUCCAGGAGCUGAUCAGCCUCCUGUUGGCCUUUUUACCGUGAACAGAAACAAUGGUUCUCUUUAUCUCACACAACCACUGGACAGAGAGAAACAAGACAUCUACAUGUUUCUAGCCCAUGCUAUAGAAGAAGGUCAAGGAGAAACUGAGGCCCCUAUGGAUAUAGUAGUGAAAGUAAUUGACCAGAACGACAACAGACCUACCUUUAAUCAAAGCACCUUUGUGGGAGAAGUUGCUGAGGCCUCACCUGAAGGUUUUGAUGUGAUUCAGGUUGUAGCCACAGAUAUGGACCAGCCAAAUAAUGCCAACUCAGAUAUCCGCUACCGUCUGAUGAGCCAGGAGCCACAGUUGCCCAGGGACAAACUGUUUGUUAUCAACCCAGUCACAGGAGUCAUCAGGGUCAAUGUCGCUGAGCUAGACAGAGAGAAAUACCCCAAAUACACUCUGGUGGUACAAGCAGCAGACUUGGUGGGAGAAGGAUUGACUGCAGAAGCGAAAGUAAUCCUUACUGUCACAGAUAGCAACGACCAUGCUCCGGUCUUCACUCAGCCGUCGUAUACGGCAGCAGUGGAUGAAAAUAAAGCCGACGCUCAGAUCUUAACAAUGUCAGUAACGGACGGUGACGAACCACAUUCCCCAGCCUGGAACGCCAAGUUCAAGAUUGUCAGUGGUGAUCCUGAAGGACUUUUUACCGUCAAAACAGGAAGUAACAAAAAUGAAGGAAUCAUUUCUACUAAAAAGAGUCUUGACUUUGAGAAGAGCAGAACACACACUUUGUUAGUUUCAGUGGAGAAUGAGAUUCCUUUUGCUAUUCCACUGCCCACUGCCAUCGCCACAGUGGUGGUGACUGUGCAGGAUGUCAACGAAGCUCCAGUCUUUGAUCCAAUAGAGAAGCUUGUGGUAAAACGCGAGGACCUUUCCCUUGACAGUGGUGUGGUGCAGUACACCGCUUCUGACCCAGACACUGCACGCAAACAGAAAGUCAUGUAUAAAAUAAUUAGUGACCCUGCUGGCUGGCUGAACGUGGCUAACGAGACGGGCCUGAUUAAAUUAAAAAGUCUCAUGGACAGAGAGUCUGACGCUGUCAAGGGCAACAAAUACAAAGCAGUCAUUGGUGCAUAUGACAAUGAUGAAGUCCCAGCUACAGGAACUGGUACUCUAAUAAUCGAGCUCGAAGAUGUCAAUGACAAUGCACCCAUCAUUGAGGAACGUGAAAUCAAGGUGUGUAACAAACAAUCAGCUCAACAGCUGCUGACGGUAACAGAUAAAGACGAGGGACCAGGCUUUACUUCUCCAUACAGCGUCUCUUUACAGGGCGUGUCAAGUAACGACUGGACUGCUACGAUGAACAAAAACAAAACGGGCAUCAUCCUGCAGUUAGCCAAAGAGCUAGAUAGUGGAACGUACCCUGUGGUCCUGAGGGUUGCAGACCGCGAGGGCAUGGGGCAGGAAAGCACCCUGCAGGCCACAGUGUGUGACUGCGCUGGGGAAAAAGUGUCCUGCAUAGGGCGUGUGGCAGGUGAAACCAACCUGCCUGUAAUCCUGGGAAUACUUGGAGGCAUCCUGUUGCUGCUCAUGCUGGUGUUGCUGCUGCUGCUAUUUGCAAGAUGGAGAAGAGAAGAAAAGAAGGAAUCUCUAUUGCAAGACGAAGAUACCACAGACAACCUUUAUUACUAUGAUGAACAGGGAGGUGGGGAAGAUGAUAAGGACUUUGAUCUGAGUGUUCUCCACCGUGGUUUGGACAACCGGCCCGAAGUGUUGAGAAACGACGUAAUGCCGAACUUCACGCCGGCCCCUCAUUACCGGCCUCGCCCCGCCAACCCAAGGGAAAUUGGCAACUUCAUUGAUGAUAACCUGAAGGCAGCCGACAACGACCCAACAGCACCUCCCUAUGACUCCCUGCUGGUGUUUGAUUGUGAAGGGGGUGGCUCUGAUGCAGGAAGCCUCUCCUCUCUGAACUCAUCGAGCAGCGGAGACCAGGACUACAACUGCUUCAAUGAGUGGGGACCCCGCUUCAAGAAACUGGCAGACAUGUACGGAGGAGGAGAAGAUGAUGAUGUGCUGUAAAUGUACCAAAGGUCAAAUAAUUUGGAUAGGCAGAUAAACAUAUGGCUGAAUGUAAGUAGAUUGAUUUAAGUAUGACCUGAUAAAGGAUUGCAUCCUAAUGAAAGUAUAGUACAGACAGACACCAGUACGCCCAAAGAUGGGUUUUAUUAAGGGAAUUGAGGGCGUGGUUAUUGAGGUUUUAUUGUUGUAAGUACAGUCCUGUUAACAGUAACAGACAUUGCUCAGAAGCCAAAGGAUGAGUCUUUUUGUUUGUUUGAUAAAUGAGUUCCCCAUUUGGAAUGGUUAUGCUCUGUCUUUUAGAUACCUGUUUAAAUCUAGGCUGAAGAUUGUUUUCUCUUUUAUUUUCUGUUCAUUGAGUCUUGGAGCCAAAUUAUCUGGCUCAUGGUUGAUAAAAGGAUUUUGUGCAGAUAUUUCAGCCUGUGUUGUAGCUUACUGGGUGACACUGGACACAUAAACAGAUGCUUGCAGUUGCACUGGUAACAUUUGUUAUUUUGGCAACGUAUGGUACUUUACACUUUUUCUGUUUUUUUGUGUGUUUUGUACUACUACUUCAGUUAAAUUGCAUUGUUUUGUAUUUGAGGAAUGAAAUUACAAAUGAUUAAGGGAAAAUCUAGGUAGCCAACCAACACUACAUCAUCCUCUGAGGCUGUAGUCAGUGAGGUAUC